AUGACGUGACGCGUAACUGUAAACAAAAUGUCAACGUCACUUAGGUCAUCAAUCGCUAAGAUAACCUCAAAACGGUGAUCAGAUAGUAAACAAAAUAAAGAUGACUGAUAUCCAAAAUGAUUCCCCCAAAGUGAGAAAUAGUACAAACGGACCUCAAUGCCAGUACUACGUGACAAGGAAAAAGAGGCUAUGCCGCAUGACAGUCCGGCCCGGCCGCCAGUACUGUGGGGAACACGAGCCGCAGCCGCAGACAGCUGACGGUCAGGAUGACACACGAAUUCCGUGCCCCAAUGAUCCCAAACACACGGUUUACGUCAGUAAACUGGAGAAGCACCUGUCCAUCUGCAAUGCUCGUGCAACAGAGCAGCCGGUGUACAUCGUACCCAACAUCAAUGCUCCCACAGAGGUGGACACAUGUCAUCGGAAGCCACUCAGUCAAUUGCCUUGGGAUACAGUCAUGCAAGUCGUAGACAAAGUUAACUUUUUAUAUGAAAAGCAUGUGAAGGGCACAAUCACAACUGCCCCCGACUACCCCAUCCACAGUGCAGUGAUGCCUGAGUUUGCUGAGGGAGACAGAGCAGAGAGCUCUCUCCGCCAUCUGCGGCAGGUGUCCAGCCUGCUGUGGCUGACGGAACAAGAGGGGCUGGUGGCCGACGACACCUGCUAUGUGGAAUUGGGCGCUGGGAAAGGGCACAUGUCGUACUACGCGUGCGGCGCGUGGCGGAGGCCGGCGCUGCUGGUGGACCGCGCGUCGCUGCGGCACAAGCGCGACAACAAGCUGGCGGGCGGCGCCGCGCGCAUCCGCGCGGACCUGGCGCACCUGGCGCUGGACCGCGUGCCGCUGGCGCCCGCCUGCCGCGCGCUCGUCGGCCUCGCCAAGCAUCUGUGCGGAGUGGCCACAGACUACGCGCUGCGCUGCAUGACGGGCGCGGGCGCGGCGUCGACGCGCGGGCUGGUGCUGGCCACGUGCUGCCACCACCGCUGCGAGCGCGGCGCCUUCGUCGGCAACAAGCAACUCGAGGAGCUGGGCAUCAGCGGCGACGAGUUCAACGUGAUGCUGGGCAUCGUGUCGUGGGCUACGUGCGGCGACGGGCGCAGCCGGGUGGCGCGGGCGGGGGGCGGGGAGGCGCGGGAGGGGCGGCUGGAGGCGGGGGCGCGGGCGCGGGCGGGGCGGCGCGCCAAGCGGCUGGUGGACUGGGCGCGGGUGCAGUGGCUGCGGGAGCGCGGGUUCGCGGCGCGGCUCGUGUACUUCGUGCCGCCGCACGUGUCGCCAGAGAACGUCGCCAUCGUCGCCACCCGGCCGCUGCACACGUGACCGCGCUAUUUUCAUUUUUGUUAUUAUACAUGCCCCGACUCAAUAAAACGAUUGAUUAUAAUUUAUUUUAAAGAUUAAUAAAAGUAUUUUUUAAA